GAGCCCUCCGGUGCUGGCUGUUUCCCCCUUAAACCCGGCAGAGCAGCAUCCUUACGGGGCUGGGAAUGAAGCCCCUAUGGGUGAUGGGCACAAAGAGCCCUUGUGCUGCCCGCGCCCGCAGGGGAAUCUGCUGGGACGGGACAUUUUUCUUCCCCCUCCUCCUUUCUCUCUGCCCUUUCUUAGCUCAGAAUUUCAUGUGACUGGGGCGGACACCGCGGAUCCCUUGCAUUCACAGCAGGGUGCUCGGGCUGAAGGCACCAUCGGGGGUGUGGGGGGCAGCUUUUGGGAUGGUGCUGCCCUGAUGCCUGUCUCUCACCCAGGUGGAGGACGGGGGGAAGGCAGCACUGUCCCGGAGGCUGCAGCCCGGCGAUGAGCUGGUGAACAUCAGCGGGACCCCCCUGUACGGCUCCCGCCAGGAAGCCCUCAUCCUCAUCAAGGGCUCUUACCGCACCCUCAAGAUGAUCGUCCGCAGGAGGAGCGUGCCCGUCCUCCGGCCCCAUUCCUGGCACAUGGCCAAGCUCGCCGAAAUCCGCCCCGACGCCCCAGCCAUGCACUGCCCCCCCGAUGCCUUCAGCCUCUCCUGGCCCUCGGGUUGUGAUGUCAGCGAGCUGUCCCUGCAGUGGAACCCGCUGUCCCGGCACUGCAGCACGGACCGGAGCAGCUCCAUCGGGAGCAUGGAGAGCCUGGAUCAGCCUGGCCACGCUUACUACGAGGGCACCCCGUCACCUGUUGAGCACCACAGCAAGCGGGACUCAGCCUACAGCUCCUUCUCAGCCAGCUCCAACACCUCAGACUGCGCCUUAUCCCUGCGCCCUGAGGACGCCGCUGGCCCUGAGGGUCCCUGCAAGCCCCCAGACCCACGCUACCUGCAGACAGGUGCUGAAGGAGCGGAAACGCGGCACACCGCUCGGCACCCCGUGCCCCCGCAGCCCCCGGUGCGCAGAGACAGCCUGCGGGCGUCCCCAGCCAGCAGCACGGACAGCCGCCGCGUGUCGGUGCCCGCCGCCCCGCUGCACGCCCAGGGGAGGUGGAUCUCGGACACUUUCCUGUGCCAGCGGGACAAGGACGGCGAGGAGAGCAGCGGGAGGAUGCCGGCAACGUGUCCCCCCAGGGAGCACCUCUCCGCCGAUCAGUACUACAUGCUGAGCUCCCACCCUGACCGCUGUGCUGGGGACGGCGGGGAUCGGUCCUACCCAGAGAGCAGCACGCACCGCGUGCCGGAUGCAGGGAUGGAGACAGCGGGGGACACCGUGCUGCUGUCCCCUCUGCAAGGCCAUCGUCACAGCGCGCCCGAGCAGCUGCUGGCCUCCCAGCUCCGCGCCCUCCAUGUGAGCGCCGGCACGGCGCGCAACGCUCACUAUGCGGCGGUCAGGACCUGGCGUCCCCGCGGUCGGUGGGAGGGGCGGCGGGCAGCGCCCUCUGGUGGGCGGAGGCCGCGAAGGGCGGGCGGGGACAGGGGGCCAUAUGGGGACAUGGGGCGCGAUGGAAGGCAGCUCCCGUCUGCGGACGCCGGGGGACGGACGGAUACACCGAGCGUGCAGCGACACGCUGCCAUCCCCGGGCUGCCCGUGUGA